AUGGCUGAAUUUGUGAGACAAGAUGGACAUUUUAUACUACGUAUGCUGUCUAUGAACGCUGGAGUUUUAGUGACUGCAGAGAUUGUUUGUAAUUUGUUUGCAGUCUACAAGAAACGUUUUGUUAGAAUCGACUUCCAUGGUCCACCUAUCAUGCAUAAAUCGCAUUUAUAUCAUGAUUAUGAUGCUUAUUUGUCACAUCAUUCACACGAUAUUCCAAAUGGUCUACGAGAUCGAAUAAUAUCGACGAAAGUCAUCCCGGAUUCUUGA